AUGGUUCAGCCUCUUGCAAGACUAGAGGACUGUAGGGCCGGAGUCUGCACGCCGUUCGAUUCACCAUGCUUGGCACCAGUGAAAUUCAUCCAGUACCCAUGUGACAUUCCCGCGUACCGUGGUCUAGUAGCCCAAAAUCGAAAUUGUGCCGUGCAUGGGGGCGGUUAUGGCGUUGACAGCUGGGCGUAG